GAGAUGGUGACGAAUGGGGUGGCAAUAAGACUUGUCAAACGUUGCUCACAGAGCUGCAGUUGGGAUGAGUGUGGGUCAGUAGUACCCAGCAGUGAGGCCAGCCAGGUGAAGGGGAUGCACAGUGUGGGGGCAAGGAGGGGCUGACCCUGAAAUGCACUGCUCUGGCUUGCAUGGUAACCCAAGAGCAAAUCUGGCAGCCGAAGCCACCCAAAACACAAGCCCACAACAUCAAGGGGUUGCUUUAAAUCUGUAUUAAAUAAUAGCAACAAACAACAUGCUGCUGACCCCAGGGUCUGAGUUUCCCUGGAUUAUGGGGUUUUUUUCCCUCCUCUCUUCAUCCCUUUCCCCAUCUUUGAUGUCCCUCUGCAGCCAUCACCCUCUUUCUUUCUCAUGCUGCUACCGUGACUGUCCCCCAACACCGGUUGCACUGAGGCAUUGGAGUCAACUGCAGCAGAGAUGAUCUGUCCUGGGGUGGUCUCAACCCCACAUGGAGGUGACAGGCAGACCCCCACCCACACCCCACCAAUGACAGUGUCUCCACGAACCCACCAUUUCAGAGAUGCCCAUAUUUUGGUCUCUGCCCAAAAGUCUCAGUAAUUCCAGUUUUGCCUGGGGGUGGAUGUGUUUGUACUCCAAACAACCCCUGCCUUGUGCUGGGAACCAAAGCUGCCUCCUUCAGUAUUGCAUCCAGCAGAACAAACAUCAUCAGAAACCUUUACCUGGGAGUGGUUUAACCAAUUCAAAAAAUGGGAGGUUUGAUGCCCCCACACCAUCGGGAUGAGCCUGCCCCUGCCAGUCAGUGCAUCCCAGCAAGUUGCCUUCCCCUUUUCUCUGCAUUUAAUUUUCUGAUUUCCUUACAGCAGCUUUUGGGGGGGAUCUGAAGAUGAAGGGUGGUGGCACCUGACAUAACCCCUGUGAUGGAGCGGGUUUGCAGCGGCAGGAUCCAGGUGUUCAGCGUGGCAUCACCCACUGACCUCCUGCAGAGAGCACUGGGUGAGGGGCUCCCUGCAGGCAGGGUGAUGGAGCAGAAAACUUUCCAUCGUCCAAACAAAAUGCUGAGUUGAGGACAGGGAUUAACAUAUUCCCAAACUAUCUGUCGUGGCCACUGGGAGAUAAAUGCUAGUCCCUUCUGAGUCAUGAAAAUCCCUGUGCUGAUUUGAUGAGAGGGGAUGGCGGGGAGGGGAGAUGCCCCGGCUCUGUCACUGCCCGGGCUCGCCUCUGACAUCAGCAUGAAACCAGCCAUAAAAACGGGGACCAGAGGGGACUCUAGCUCAGACGGUGGCUGCUGGGCUCAGCGGGACAACAUACGAGCACCUCGUCUCACCUCGCCGCGCUGCGUCAGAAGCCUCUGUCUUCGUGGCACCAGCAGGAAGCGCCAGGGGGCUUUGGGGCCAAGCCACAGCGACCAGAGAGUGCCGGGAAUGAAGCUGGGGGCCGCCUGCCUCCUGUGCCUGCUGCUCACCUGCCUGACCCUGCCCGUCACCCACAGCCGUGUCUACGAGCACUCCAUGGAAAUCAGGAACCCUGACAUCGACCCCUCCUGGUACACGGGGCGCGGGAUCAGGCCAGUGGGGCGGUUCGGAAGGCGGCAAGCCCUGGGCGAGGGCAUCCAUCCCGAGGGCGCUGGCCGAUGGCAAGCCUGUGGCCUCUCCCAUCUGCAUCCCCAGCCCGCCCGGAAGGAGCGGAGUCCCUGAGAUGAACCAACAAUAAAAGCCCUUCUCCUCUCC